CCAAUCAGAGGCUGAGGGAUCCGACAAUGCACUUUAAAAGUUCGACUGCAUGAGGCAAGCGGAGAAAGAGAAUGAGAGAAAAACAAGAAGGAUCUAUCCGACAUACCCACUGGAGACAGUACCAGUUUUAUUGUCCUCAUUUUAUCAUUUUUGAAGGUACACUAUAGCCAGCAAGAUGGCCACUUCUGCUAGUGCCAAGUUGAGUAAAGCUGUUAAACAGCAAUAUCUGGAGCUUCCCCAGGGAGACAAGGUUCAAGCAAUGUACAUCUGGAUUGAUGGAACUGGAGAAGGCUUGCGCUGCAAAACCAGAACCCUGGAUUCUGAACCUAAAAGUAUUGAAGAUCUCCCUGAAUGGAACUUUGAUGGCUCCAGCACGUACCAGUCUGAAGGCUCCAACAGCGACAUGUACCUGAUGCCAGCAGCCAUGUUCAGAGAUCCUUUCAGGAAGGACCCCAACAAACUGGUCUUGUGUGACGUUCUGAAGUACAACCGCAAGCCUGCAGAAACCAACUUGCGCCAGAGUUGUAAUAAGAUCAUGGAAAUGGUGAAUAGCCAGAUCCCGUGGUUCGGCAUGGAACAAGAGUAUACCAUCUUGGGAACAGAUGGGCAUCCCUUUGGCUGGCCAUCCAAUGGUUUCCCUGGUCCCCAAGGACCGUACUACUGUGGCGUUGGGGCUGACAAGGCAUACGGUCGAGACAUCGUGGAGGCCCACUACAGGGCCUGCCUAUAUGCUGGCGUGAUGAUCUGUGGCACCAAUGCAGAAGUGAUGCCUGCUCAGUGGGAGUUCCAGGUUGGUCCUUGCGAGGGCAUCAGCAUGGGGGACCACUUGUGGGCUGCCCGCUUCAUUCUGCACAGGGUGUGUGAAGACUUUGGGGUUGUGGCCUCAUUCGACCCCAAGCCCAUCUCUGGAAACUGGAACGGCGCUGGUUGCCACACCAACUUCAGCACCAAGGAGAUGCGUGACGAGGGUGGAUUAAGAUAUAUUGAGGAGUCCAUUGAGAAGCUCGGCAGAAGGCACCACUACCACAUCCGUGCCUACGACCCCAAGGGAGGGGCGGACAAUGCCAGGCGCCUGACCGGCUACCACGAGACUUCCAACAUCCACGAGUUCUCCGCCGGCGUGGCCAACCGCGGGGCCAGCAUUCGCAUCCCGCGUACUGUGGGCCAGGAGAAGAAGGGCUACUUCGAAGACCGCCGCCCUUCGGCCAACUGCGACCCUUACGCAGUCACAGAGGCACUGAUUCGCACUUGUUUACUCAGCGAAGAGGGAGACGAACCGACCGAGUACAAGUGAACUGCGUUGGGCUGACCUCGUAAUCCACCCUCAUCCUCCUCCCCUGCAGCUCCGAGCUGCUGUAGGGCAUAGGAGACGUUUUUAGUACUGUACUGUCUGUGGUCUUAUUAAGAACCUUGUAUUCAUGUUGACUGGUCAAUCCAAUACAAGGUAUAACCUAGAUGGAGUUGUUUUUUUUUUGUUUGUUUUUUGUCAGAAGAGGUGUGCGAAUUUCAUUCAAAAAAAAAAAUGUGCACAUUGGGUCCUAGUCACCCAUAUUUUUUUAGCCUGUUUCACUGCCAUUACUGUCCAGUUUAAAAUUGUUGCUAUGGACCUAACGUCUCUACACUUGGUUGGAUUCCCCUUGUGUAGUAGAUCAUGAGAGUGUAUGACAUUUCUAAACUUCUGUGAAUUAGCAUGUAAUGUCUUUCUAACAUAGUUUUAACUAAACAAGAUCUAUAGAUCUUUCUUUUUAAACGAGUGCUGAUAUCUUGUGGUUCAUCUUGGAUCAAAGUCUCUGGUUCUCUCUGUGCGGUACUAUUCUGUGUGGGGUCCAACAUGCAUCAAGUCUAGUUUUUUUUGUACGGAUCCUUUUGUCUGCCUUUCCUCUUGUUAUCUUAGAUGAAGGGUUUUUAUUCGUAUUGUUAGAGGCCAGUUGUGGCUCUACUUAUCUCCUCAAAAUGGAUGAACUCUGUUUCUUAUCGUGACAUUAAAAAGAAGAACACACUAAUUUUACCUUUAA